GAGAGAAAUCACAAUACCGAUCUACCGUUAAGUUUGUCAAGAAAUAGAACGUGCUUUUUAGCUUCAUUUUGGCGGCGAUGUCGCAGCAAGGUGCAGCUUUGCAAACAUACAAUAACGAACUGGUAAAAUGUGAGUAUUGGAACGUAAGGAAUUCCUCUGAGUAAGAGUGAGGAAACAUGACAAUGAUGCCAUUUGUAGUUUCAUCCGCCAUGUUGUUGAUGAGCUCAGUUAAAGUGUGUAAUUUUUUCAUUGUUUUGUUUUUGGGUAGGCAUAGAGGACCUUUGCACAAAAAGAGACGAACUCCAGAAACAAAUACUCAACGAGGAAGAAGAAAAAUCAAAGAUUCAGAAUGACAUACGAAUUCUCAGCGAAAGACUGGCCAAAAUAAACGAAAGCCUUGCAAAGAAGAUAGCUUCCAGGAAUGAGUACGACAAAACAAUAGCGGAGACGGAAGCGGCUUAUAUGAAGGUAAGUUCAUUCAAUGAAUGUAGUAGCUAAGAAUGUAGCGGGCGAGAUUUCCGCACAGCCUCAUACUAUAUACAUUGAUUUAGGGCCUGUUUACACGGAGAUAGGUGAUGUAACAUGUGGCGGGUCACCCCACCGAUCAUGUAAAGGUGAUCAAAUUAAAAUGAGAGAUUAUAUGGACAGGCGGGUUACCUCACCAACCUGAGUUCCCCCACCUUGUAAACAGGCCCUUAGUAUGCUUGUACCAAUCUUAUACAAUUUUGCUCAAAUAGCUAAUAAAUAGAGUCUAAACAUGUGUACAUAUGAUAAUAAAAUUUAAAUGUUCAGGGCUGAGCAGAAAUCUUACAGUGUCACAUACCUUCAGCGGGACUGUUUGUAAAAGAGCGAAUUAGUUCAAACCCAGGAGUUAUUAUUAUAUAAGUGAGGCCCUGUUAAGGUAAAAUUCCGACAAGUGACUUGGCUUUGAAAUAGCGACAUAAAACUAGAUGAAAUGGUGACAAACAACAUGAAGAUUGGUGAAAUACUGACAAGGACAUGGCUUACCCCUCGAAACACGAAAAGACCAUAUUUAAAAUUACUAGAGACAUACAUACCCACCCAUCCCCCAGCUCCAAGAGUGCUUCAUGAGUAGAUGGAGUACAAUUGUGCUGGUGAUUGUAGUCCUGAAUAGGACUGUUGUUGACAGUGACUGACAUUACAACAACCUGUAUGGUAGUUAUCUUCAGAAUGAAAGUGAGUUGUAUCAUCUCAGCUAAUUGUAUUUAACUCUGAUAAUUGACCUCAUUGGUCAAUGAGGAGGUGAUGUAUAAGAUUAGAAGAAAUAAUAUUUCAAAUCAUACAUGUACGCUUGUCUGCCAAACUAUGCCAACAUGACAAAUUCUGGGAUUUUAAAAAUUCUGCACCCUUCCACUAUGGCCAUAAUGAACAGUCCCUAAGAAAGGAUGAUUGAUUUUCCAACAUUUUUCUCUCUCUCAUCCUCCUACUUUAAACAGUUUAAAACUCCUUAACAGUACCAACAUUAAACCACUACAGAGUGAGAAUUCAUAACUUCCUUUUCCCAAAAUGCAAGCCUUUUGGUCACAUGCGUUACUUAGACAAGAAGCUCUGCUCCACCCUAGGAAAUGAGGAUCUAGGGGAGGGGCCCAGAGAACCAAACUGCCUUUGGGAAAACUGAUAUCAUUUUCAAAGCCAGAGCCCCAGAGUGAAUCUUAGGGACUGGAUGAGUGGCCCCCCACUUACUUUAAUAUCUGACAAAAGCUUCUGUGCUCCCUACAAUAGUCCAGUUUUGAAUUUGUUACAGCCGCUGAAUAGAAGCACUGAAGACUCAUUUAUACAGGGUUAGCCUCGACCUAGAAGAAGACCUGUGUACAACAGUUACUGUGAUUUAUUUAUUGUUUUAAACUCAAAUUCAGGCACGUUAUUGCUGGUAUUUGUGAAUAUUUUACUUUAGGUCAAGGCUAUAAAUGAGUCUUUAGUGCUUAGAUCAGUGUCCCCGUCAAAUUCUAAACUGGAUUAUUCUUAGAACAUAGCUGGGUGUAAAUAAUAACUUUGUUUGACUUUGAAGUAACAAGUUAAAAAUCAACUCUUGCUCUUGCAGAUUCUUGAAAGUUCCCAAACUCUUCUACAUGUUCUAAAGAAAGAAACAGCAAAAGACAAACCUCAAAUGAGUCACAGUCAAGGAUCAGUGCGAGAUAAGACUGGAACACAAACAACAUGAACAUACAGUGAAGAUUAUAGAAUAUAGAAAUGUCAAAAGAGUUUUGUUGGUUUACUCUUUCUAUGCUAGUGUUUCUGCAAGCGACAGUUCUUCUUAAGAACUGCCAGUGAAAUUACUUGUUACUUGACUGUAGAGAUAAUUACGCAACUCCUGAAUUUUAUAUCCCUGACUGUACGGUACUGCUACAUGUAUAAACUAUUAAAUUGUUGUAAAUAAACUGCUCGAUACCAUCAUUUUAUGUGCAAAAUAAUAAAGAAAAUUACAAACUUGUCGAUUAUAUAAUAUUGCACCC